AUGUCUGUUGAUCUAUCAAACUUCGCUGAGAGCCCAGCGUCAAAUGAGUUUCGCUCAGAUACCUUCACCACACCCACAGUGGCAAUGGUCAGCUCCUUGGCCAAUUGCACCCUCGGUGAUGCCGUAUACAAUGAAGACAAGUCUACAACGAGAUUAGAGGAUAAAGUGGCCCAAUUGGCCGGGAAAGAGGCUGGGCUCUUUUGUGUUUCGGGGACCUUGCUGAACCAGAUUGCAUUAAGAACGAAUUUGUUCCAACCUCCACACGGGGUACUCUGUGAUCAUAGAUCUCAUGUCUAUCUCAACGAAGCAGGUGGGCUCCCUACACUUAGUCAGGCGAUGGUGCAAUCUGUAGCACCCAAGAACGGAAUCCAUUUGACUUUGAAGGAUGAUAUCUUGCCCAAUUUUGUGCCUGACGAUGGUGAAAUUCAUGGCUGCCCUACAAAAGUGAUUUCCUUGGAGAAUACCCUUCAUGGAAUGCUAUUUCCAUUAGAAGAGAUCAAGAAGAUCUCUGCGUUUUGUAAAGAGAACGAUGUUCGAUUACAUUUGGACGGUGCUAGAUUAUGGAAUGCCUCGUCUGCCACGGGAAUCCCACUUGCUGAAUACUGCUCCUACUUCGAUUCGGUGUCCCUCUGCCUUUCCAAAUCCUUGGGUGCCCCAAUUGGCUCUGUGCUAGUAGGCUCGAGCCAAUUUAUCAAAAAGGCAAAUCAUUUCCGUAAACAAAAUGGGGGAGGCAUCAGACAAAGUGGUCUUCUUGCCGAAAUGGCUUCUGUGGCAAUAGAUGAUAACUUCUCUAAGCUUACAAGAGUACAUGAGAAAGCGAAGGAGGUGGGCCAGUUUUGCGAAGAGUUGGGCUUUGUGCUCGAGCAUCCUGUCGACACAAACUUUGUUUUCAUUGACCUCGCGGCAAGCAAGAUCAACAACGACUUCUUUGUCAAGGCUGCUGAGAAGCACAAUGUCAAGGCCUACGGAAGUAGGUUGGCAUUCCACUUUCAAAACACCGACGAGGCUAUAGAGAAUUUGAAAAUAGUGCUUCAGGAGACAGCAGAAGAGGCCAAGAAGAACCCUUACAACACAACUGAGGUGCAAAAGUUGUAUAGUGUGUAUGACUCAAAAUAG